AUGGGACGCCAUGUGCCCCUCUGCCCCUCUGCUCCAUGCGACGCCAUGUGCCCCUCUGCCCCUCUGCUCCAUGCGACGCCAUGUGCCCCUCUGCCCCUCUGCUCCAUGCGACGCCAUGUGCCCCUCUGCCCCUCUGCUCCAUGCGAUGCCAUGUGCCCCUCUGCCCCUCUGCUCCAUGCGACGCCAUGUGCCCCUCUGCCCCUCUGCUCCAUGCGACGCCAUGUGCCCCUCUGCCCCUCUGCUCCCCGCUCCCCAUGUGCCUCUCUGCUCUCCCUGCGUGCAAGCAGGCGCAUUCUGGAGGUAGCAGAGGAGAUCAAAGACGACCCUCAACUCAACCGCCAGCAGAUCUUUGACCAGGUGCUGUUGCCAGUGGCGAGGGGCCUACCGGAUGAGAGGGGGGUGUGCCUGAUCGGGGUGAGAGAGGCUCUUCGCAUGUUCCAAGCCCUGCGCACUGUGGGUGUGCACGCGUCCCGCAUGGUGCUGGAGGCGCUGCUGGAUUCGUGUGCAGCCAUGGGGGACCUGCCCCGCGCCCUCCACGUCAUGGACGAGAUGCAUCGCAACGACCUCCCCCCCACCGUCUUCACUCUCUUCCGCCUUUUCCGAACGGCCAUAACAGCAGAGGACGAAGAGGCUGCUUGCGCUGCACUGCGCCAGAUGUCGCCCUCUGAUUUGUCCGAUGAGGACGUGCAGCUGCUGGUGCUUAAAGCCCUCGAACCCUUCAUCCGGGUAGCGGCUGAAGGCGGGGAGGGGAUGGCCCUGGCCAAUGAGACGCUGCCACGUGUCAGGGAGGAGGCUUACGUGGCAAUUUUGAGAGCCAAUGCGCUCAAGAUGAGGGGCUUGGUAGGGAGAGAAGGGGAGAGGGGUGGGACGUGGAGAGAUAGAGGGGAGAAGGAUGCAGAAGUGGGUGGGGAGAUUUCUGAGAUUCUGGCAAGGCAGCAGUCUCGGCAGUCAAAUGAAAACAGGACAGGAGAAUCAACGUGA